CAUGCAGAAUGAAUCUAGUUCAGAUCCUGAAGUGUCCUGCUUGGGAUGUGGUAUCAAGUGCUGUCGUCUGUCUGAUGGCUGGUCUGCCAGAAAUGGACAAACAAUGGUGAGUUUUGAAGAAAAUAAAUCAGAACUCUUAAUUUCUGAAUGCCUGUUCACAGUCAGGAGGGAAGUAUUUGGCAGAAUAGGGAUAGAGCAUGGAAAGUGCAGUGUAUUAAACCUAUUAUUAAUACGAGUUCCUUUAGAAAAGGAAAAACCUCAGAACUUUAUUUUUAGUAUUUAUAGAGAGGAUCAACCCUGUGCUGGUACACCUGUGAUAGGUGUGGUAGAACUGGAUGAAGAUAGGAUCAGAGCAGAUUAUAAACAGGAAAAUAAAGUUAAUAUGGGUAGUGAUACAAAAUAGGAAAGACUGCCUCUUUUUGAAGGAAUAGUUUUGAAAAGAUAAAACAUUUUUACAUGUACUGUGUCAGCUGAAGGAAGUUUUGAAUGGAAGUUGUUGGGUUUUAACUUAUCUAUGAAAAAUGUGCUGAGUCUCUAUACAGCACCUUUGUUUCUGGGUACAGAUCCCUGUUACUCACAUUUUAAUGUGCAGGAGAUCAGUGUACAACACAGCUGUGGAUAUGCUGUUCCCGUGCUGCAGUCUGGAGAAGCCUGCACUCCCCUGCCUCCCUACCCACUGGAGGGGACAGCGCAAUCUGUCCCCGUGUUGCUCUGUGCCGUGAGACACCGUCCCUCUGCCAGCAGAGAGCAGUGCAGCCCUUCACCAGGAUUUCAGGGGCCAUAACUGGAAACAUAUGUGGGAAACAAAGCAGAUGAGUUAGGAGGAAUAUACACAGAAGCAGACCCGAAUAUGAAGGUGGGACAGGGAAGAUGCACUCAAUGGGGAAAACAGUGAAGAGUGGAGGUGAUGCAAAGUGGACAUGAGGAGGGGAAAUCCCAAAAUACAGACUGUGCUAAAGCAAACUGAAAACCUGAAGGAUGAAAAUAAAACAUCUUGGAAUUAGAUUGUGGCAUUCCUGUUACCCUAUGCGCCACAGCAGUGUUACAGCUCCUGGUGAUGGGCAUGGAGGAAGAACAGGGACCCAGGAUGUGCGACAAGUCUGUAGCACCAUAGAGCAAUGUAUGUGUGCUUUUCUGGAUUCUAGAUCUUAAUGCACUUCUUGUAGUGAAUUGGGGUGAAUUAUCCCUAUGUCUGCAUGCUGAUACUAAUCUGUGACUAACAGAGGAGAAAGAAAAACUCACAUGAUUAUUUUUUAAAUGUUGCUCUUGGAGUAUAUUGUUUCCCAUGAAAAUGUUUUUGUCAGAGUGCAAGGACAGAGGCACAGCUUGUAUAGCAUUUAUUCCUGAUUCUUAUAUUUGGGGUUUUUUUCUGAACAAAUUUGGCACUUCAAUAAUAUAUUGUAUUAAGAUGGUCAGAUACAUUGCAGCUGCAGAGGAUUGUGUUUCCUACAUCUGACUCAAGAAGUAAAUCAGAAUCCAAUAAAAAAAUGUGUGGGACUGUGUUUUAGGGAACAGAGGAAAGGGGAAAAGGAGUAGUCAUUUCUUGUAAUGGGUACAGCAUGUCCACAAAUCCAGUUUAUGAAGGAUUUUUCCUCUAUUUUUAGCAGAAUGUUGAAAGCAAAUGCUUUUUUCUCCCCUCUUCUAGUAGCAUCUCCUGAACUCUUUGUAAAAUGUCAGUCUGUUACAUAAAAUCUGCAGCAUUCUAAUGGUGCUUUCAGGCAUACUUUGACCUUUUGAAAUCAUUACAACCCCCCACCCCCUACAUCCCCCCAUUUUUCUUUACUUAAUUGCACACAGGAAUAGGGAAAUAGGAAUCCAAUUUAUUGUUAUCCAGGUGGUGUUUCCUGUUACUUAGCUUUAUAGUUUUCUGUAUAGUAAUUAGUUUGCAGAAAGCUGGAGAGAUGCCUGUAGUUCCAAAAUGAACUCUCUGUAGCUAGCUAGCUAGCUAGCUAGCUCGCUCUCUCUCUCCCUCCCUCCCACUUGUGCUCUCCUUUUGGCACCGCCCCUUCCAUGCACCCUUUAGCCAGCAGCAAGACAGCUGUGUCUGAUCAUAAACCACUUAAACUCCAGGCUCACUGGCAGGGGAAACUUUAGCGUGAAGUGCAGCGUUGGUUUCUCUCGGGGAAGGGAGCUUUCUUCUCUUUUCCUUUCUGCCUCCCCAAAUACUGACGACUGUCACAGUUCUCUCGUUUUAAUUUCUCUGUGAAGCUCGUCAAGUUUUUCUGAGUAUGUUCAGUGGCAUUGAGAGAUGCCCUUUAACAGAGUUGUGGAAAAGAGCAGCAUAAAGCAGACAGAGAUGAAGCACGCCUUGUAGGUGGACUAAGACAGCCCUAGGAUCCUGGUAAGCACUUAAUUCCCUGCAUUCUCUGAGCACUUCACAUUAUUAACAAGUCUCUCUAAGCAAUGGAUUGUCUGUGAAGUCAAAACCAGUUUGGCUCUUCUAGAAGAUCUUGCAUCAUUAACUUAAACUCUCAAUGUCGAGUAAAAAUGGCUGUCUAGAGCAAAAUGUAUAAGAGAGAAAAAUUUUGGAGAAGAAAGUAUUGAAUCAGUUGAACAAAGCUUUGAAGCAUUGCAAUCUGCAGAAAUCGUCAAGCCCUAAGAAGUCUAAUCAUGAAUUCUGGAGUUGCUAUGAAAUAUGGAAAUGAGUCCCCUGCAGAGCUCAGUGAGCUUCAUUUAGCAGCCCUGGCUUCAUUAAAGGGAGACAUUGUGGAGCUUAAUAAGCGUCUACAACAAACAGAAAAGGAGCGUGACCUGUUGGAAAAGAAAUUGGCAAAAGCACAGUGUGAGCAGUCCCACCUGAUGAGAGAGCAUGAGGAUGUGCAGGAGCGAACGACACUGCGCUACGAGGAACGGAUCACAGAGCUGCACAGCAUCAUCGCUGAGCUCAACAAGAAAAUUGAUCGGCUGCAGGGAGCAACCAUAAGGGAGGAGGAUGAGUACUCGGAGCUGCGGUCGGAGCUGAGCCAAAGCCAGCAGGAGGUUAAUGAAGACUCACGCAGCAUGGACCAGAACUCUGUCUCAGUGCUAGAGAACCAGUCCACCAUGGUCACUGCAGAUGUGGAUAACUGUAGUGACUUGAAUUCAGAACUGCAGAGAGUGCUGACAGGUCUGGAAAAUGUUGUCUGUGGGAGGAAGAAAAGCAGCUGCAGUUUAUCGGUGGCAGAAGUGGACAGGCACAUUGAACAACUCACUACUGCCAGCGAACAUUGUGAUUUAGCUAUUAAGACUGUGGAGGAGAUUGAGGGAGUGCUGGGACGUGACCUUUAUCCAAACCUUUCUGAGGAGAGGUCUCGGUGGGAGAAGGAGCUGGCUGGCCUGCGGGAAGAAAAUGAGAGCCUCACAGCCAUGUUGUGCAGCAAAGAGGAGGAGCUCAACAGGACCAAGGCCACCAUGAAUGCUGUCCGUGAGGAGAGGGACAGGCUACGUAGAAGGGUUCGGGAGCUGCAGACCCGUUUGCAGAGCGUGCAGGCCACAGGCCCGGCGAGCCCGAGCCGCCUUACUCCUGCCAACCGCCCCGUCAACCCCAGCACCGGAGAGCUGAGCACCAGCAGCAGCAGCAACGACAUUCCCAUCGCCAAGAUUGCUGAAAGAGUGAAGUUGUCAAAGACAAGAUCAGAAUCUUCAUCAUCUGAUAGACCUGUCUUAGGAUCAGAAAUCAGCAGCAUAGGGGUCUCUAGUACGGUGGCUGAACAUUUGGCACAUUCCCUCCAAGACUGCUCAAACAUCCAGGAAAUCUUCCAGACUCUCUAUUCACAUGGAUCUGCUAUCUCUGAAAGCAAAAUCCGAGAGUUUGAAGUGGAGACCGAGAGAUUAAAUAGCCGUAUUGAACACCUGAAAUCCCAGAACGAUUUGCUUACAAUAACACUGGAGGAGUGCAAGAGCAAUGCAGAGAGGAUGAGCAUGCUUGUGGGCAAGUAUGAGUCCAAUGCCACAGCCCUCAGGCUGGCACUGCAGUACAGCGAACAGUGUAUAGAAGCAUAUGAACUGCUGUUGGCAUUGGCAGAAAGUGAGCAGAGUCUCAUUCUUGGACAAUUUAGAGCUGCAGGUGUUGGUUCUGUUGGGGACCAGACGGGUGAUGAAAAUGUCACACAGAUGCUUAAGAGGGCUCAUGACUGCAGGAAGACAGCUGAGAAUGCAGCAAAAGCCUUGCUAAUGAAGCUGGAUGGGAGCUGUGGAGGAGCCUAUGCAGUCACGGGUUGUAGUGUGCAGCCCUGGGAAAGCCUGUCCUCCAACAGCCACACCAGUACUACCAGCUCAACCGCAAGCAGUUGUGACACAGAGUUUACGAAGGAAGAUGAGCAGCGGCUGAAGGAUUAUAUCCAGCAGCUGAAAAAUGACAGGGCAGCAGUGAAACUGACAAUGCUGGAGCUGGAAAGCAUCCACAUUGAUCCCCUUAGUUAUGAUGUUAAGCCACGUGGAGACAACCAGAGGCUGGACCUGGAAAAUGCAGUCUUGAUGCAGGAACUCAUGGCAAUGAAGGAAGAGAUGGCAGAGCUCAAGGCACAGCUUUACCUGCUGGAGAAGGAGAAGAAGGCUUUGGAAUUGAAACUGAGCACUCGAGAGGCCCAGGAGCAGGCCUACCUCGUCCACAUUGAGCACUUGAAGUCUGAAGUGGAAGAACAAAAAGAGCAGAGAAUGAGGUCUCUCAGCUCAACCAGCAGUGGAAGUAGAGACAAACUGGGCAAGGAAUGUAGUGAUGGCACCGCAACACCGCUAACACUUGCUGAGCUGAGACCAUACAGUGAGAGUGAACUGACUGCUGAGCUGACAAAUGCACUCAGGAGGGAGAAGAAACUGAAAGGAAGAGUGCAAGAGUUAGUGAGUGCUUUGGAGAGACUCACAAAGAGCAGUGAAAUCAGACAUCAGCAGUCUGCAGAAUUUGUUAAUGACCUUAAAAGGGCAAACAGCAACUUGGUAGCAGCUUAUGAAAAAGCAAAGAAAAAGCAUCAAAAUAAGCUGAAGAAACUGGAAUCACAAAUGAUGGCCAUGGUGGAGAGACAUGAAACCCAAGUAAGAAUGCUCAAACAAAGAAUAGCUUUACUGGAAGAAGAGAACUCCAGACCACACACCAAUGAAACUUCACUUUAAGUGCAUCUCUUUAAAGGAUGCUUAGUGCCAUUACAGCUUUCUUUCUUUUGGAGGUUGACUUUUAGGUAGCUUCAGAUGUUAAAAGCUCUGAUUGUCAAUGCUGACAAAACUUAAAAGCUCCUUCUCUGGGAUCCCAGAGAGGUAUCAUGGGGAUAAUAAAAGUGUUAACCUUAAGGACUGUUUCAUUAUGUAAAAUGGCAGUGCCUGAAUUACCAUGCUAUAAUUGUGUACAUUGUCUGUGUUGCUAUGUCUGUAUUCAUACAGCUUCUCUUCCAUUGUCACCCACGGGUGACAGUGUCACACAGCAGAAUAAUUCAUGUUAAGAGGUUUUCAUUUAGGCAGUUGGGAGAUCAUGUGGAAGUUUUCCCAGUCCCUGAGCUCUCUCUGCACACAAGUCCAUACUGUACCCUCAUGACUCGCUGCUGUGGUUGCACCACCAAACAGGCAGCUGCAGAGUGGGGAUGACAGCCUGGCUGGCUUUUUCUUGGUGCCCUGCUUGCAAUUCUGCUGCUCACAGUGCAGGUCAGGUAGGAAGACUCCUGUUGAUUGGGGAAAAAAUAAAGAAAGUGUAGUUGCGUCUCUGAAAAUUAUGAUAAAAGUGUAAUUCUUACAGUGCAUAAGAAGGCCAAAGCCUGUGGGUUUCACCAUGCCACACAGACAGUCUGUGCCAAGAGUGGGUAAGAAAUUAGAGAAGACCUCCUGGUAUUUAUAUUGCAUGGUGUUUGCAACUACUUUGUGGAAAAAAAUGGGUUUUCUUGCUAUAUACACUAUCCAAGGUUUUCUUUGAGAAGCUGGGCCAUUUUUGUCAUGUGUGUUGUGCUUAUUACAGCUUACUGUGAUCAAGAGGUAGAAUGUCUUCUUUUUAUACUUUUUUUUUUACCAAAAAAGGUACUUAAGUAAUGUACCUGUUUAAUAUUGAAUACAUAGGCACAAAAUUAUAGAUGUGUAGAUGUAUGAAUAUCCAGCCACAAACAAAAUGUGAAUGGUGAAGUCUUACAGCUUUCUUAGGUUAGUUUUUGUUACUGCUAACAUUCUCUUGUUUAAAUCAUGUAUUACUGUAUUAUCAAACUGACUGAAGUGCAAAUUUUGGCUUGUUAGGUUAAUGAAUAUUAAGCAAAUCAUGGGGAUUAGGUUGAUUUCUGUAGGGGUCAAAAUACAGGAGUCUGCCAUAGCACCUGUUAUAUUCAGAAUUUGCUUUUUUUUUUUUUUUUUUUUUUUUUUUGACAGAGUACGUGAAGAAGUUUUAUGUGUGUUUUAAAAAGCCAAGCUAUAGUCCCUUCACUGUGUUAGCCUGCUGCUGUGUUAUGCCUCUGCUUUGCAUUUUCCAGACUGAUUUUCAGUGAUUCUGAUUUCAGGAAAUGUUUAUCGUUUUUCUUUACAUGUUAAGUUGCACCUCAAGUUUUUUACUAGUUUAUUUAGAAUUAUGAUAACUUUUCUCAUUUAGUCCUCCCAUUACUAGUACUACGGAAAUAUUUUAGAGGACUCAUUUUGCCUACUGUUGGGUUAGGUCAGACAACAUAGUUGUGGGAAUUUGUGUUCAGAAUGUGGCAUUAUUGUUAACUCUUGGUUACAUCUGGAAGUGUAGCAGUUGGUUUUCCAUCUCUUUCUACUGUAGUGGCUGUUGUUUUCUGUCCUUAGUCAUUCCUACUUCUCUGGAGUCUAGUACAUCAUCCACAAAGCCAGCAUCACAUGUGGUUGAUUGCAGCAGCAAAUUAAAACAAUGCUGAUUUCAGAAUUUUUAGGUAGUGAUGUUCUGGUUUUGAUCAGUCCUCUUUCUCAGAAUAAUUGCACUUCUUAAUUUAUAAUGUGACUAGAAAUUAUUGCAAAUGAGUCUCUUGAGGGAGGAGGCACAGUGACUUCUUCUGUCUCUGUGGUUCUGCUGAGCAGCUCUCUAUGGUGUUUCCCCUUUUCUGGCCCAAUUUUCUCACAUCGAGGAGGGUGGGGGUUUGCCAUCAUCCUCAGUAGUAGCUGAGCACGCUUGUUUUGAAGAAUCACAAAGGAAAGUUUCCGUGUGCUGUGGCAAAAAUGCAGUUACACUUUUGUCUUCCAGCAUCUGAAACACCCAUGUGACUUGAGGUUACCUCAGAAUGUCCAUGCAAAAAUACCUUUCAGUGGAGAGGACAGGAGCCAUACUGCACUGAGCUGCCUCUUAGGCUUAUUUUUUUUCCCUAUUUAGAUUAAUGGAAUUACAGAAUGGUUUGGUUUGGAAAGGACCCUAAAAAUCAUCUUGUUACAAUCCCUUUCUGUGGGCAGGGACAUCUUCCACUGGACCAGGUUGCUCCAAGCCCCAUCCUACCUGGCCUUGGACAUUUCCAGGGAUGGGGCAGCCACAGCUUCUCUGGACAACCUGGGCCAGUGCCUCAGCACCCUCACACAGAAGAGUUCCUUCCAUUAAAAAAUUCAGAUACUCUUGCACAGAGGCACAAAAAGCUGCAGCCUCAGUGUUUUUUCCAGGUCUAACAAUUUGCUGAUUAUUUCACUACAUUUAGCACAAAUCUUCCGUGCCAACUGUGCUCUAGAAGUGCAUUAGAAUUAUAAAUCAUCAGUAAAUGUAAACCACUCCCAUUUUUUUCCCAUAAGGGUUGUAGAUGGAAAAGCAAGUACCGCAUCAUUUGUUAGCAUACUGGAAAGGAUCAGCUGGGAUCAUCACAGGUUUAAUGUUACUCUGAAAACUGUUCAUUACUGAUAAUCAGCUUCAGCUCCAGUGUACCCCAUGCAAAUGGCACCAACCCUCAGAAAAAAUGCCAAAAAAACCUCAAACUCCUUUUAUGCAACUCAGAAGUACCAGCAUACCAGAAAUACCUGAGUGUGCAGUCCACAGUGACUUACAGCAACUUAACUCUCUUAAAGCUUGUUGCAGAAAUAAUAAAUUUGCAAAGCAAGAAAAAAAGUGAUUCUUGCCAACCUAAGUCCAUUUAUGAAUUAAUGAUUGGACUUUUUUAUUUUUUUAAGUCACCAGUGUGCAUGAAACUUUGUAUUUCACAGAGUGCUCAGAAAAAAUUCACUUUUUUCCUAAUUCUAUGAUGUAUAAAUCUUCACCAGCUUGAAUGUACUGUUAGCUUUUGCAAAGCACAUGUGACUGAGUUUGCAUUCAUGUCAUAUUCUACUGGUUUUGUUACAGUUUUCUCCUCCUUCCGUAUACUGCACCAUCCAUUGCAACUUUAGAAACUUUUCACCUUACUGAAUUACCUUUAAAUGUGUUGCUACCUUUUCAUUUUCAAGCAGCUGUAAAAUAGCUACUUUGUGUUCAUUUGAUAUAGAAUUGUAAAAACUGCAUUUAUUUAUACAGAGGCAUUUAUAAUACUUAUUUUACAAAUGUUCUUAUAUUCUGAAUAAAUUUCUAAUGCUGUUUCUUUGCCUUGCUUCACCAUGGCUUGUCACUUCCUGUUGAAUGGGACUGCCUAAAGACACCUUGGCACAAAGAUAUCUCCAAGCUAAGUUAACUGAGGGACGUGGUUUGACAUUGUCAGUGAAGGUCACUUAACAGAGCCAUGAAAAGUUGUUAAGAACUCAGAUCUGGCCACAGGUUUUAGCUGGGCUCAAGAACAUCAGUACCCUCAAUAUCUUCAGUGAACACUUUAUGGAAAUGGAAGGGCAUGUGUGAACCUGUUACCACAUGUCCAGUUCUUACAAUAACAAGUUAUAUAGACCAAAACAAAAAGAAAACAAAAUAUUUAAUAUUACAUAAAUAUUCUAAAGGCACUGAUUGAAAUUUACAUACUUUCUUUCUUCUGUUUGUCUGACAUUUUAUUUUUCUUCCAUUUUGUUGAAUGGCAUCCACCUUUACAGCUGACUUGAAAAAUUAACUUCCUCUCCUGGCUAGAGGAGAUAUAAUCACUGCUGGCUUAAGGCAACACAUAAACAUUCUACAGUGAAGGAAUAACCGGUACCAGCAGCAGAGGCAUCACAAUCCACAAUGACCAGCAAUCCUUAUAUUCAUACUUCAGUACUUCAAUACGUUUAUUUAUAAAGUAAUUUAAUUUUACAGAGGAAAAAAUAACAAUAUAGAAGAAAAUGUUAACUUAGUUAUAGUCUCCUAAAUGGUGUGCUUCAGUUUUGAAUCAAUUUAUAACAAACAAAAUCACAAUCAUCAGUACAGUAGAUGUUACAGGUAGUUACAGAUUCUACUUAAUACAAUUGAAGAGCUGUCUAAUGCCAACUUUCUUCAAAAGAACAUAAUGGAAGUCGUAUAAAAUCUGUAAUGAUUUUAACUCUUUAGCUGUACGUACUUUCUACUUAAUGAGCACCGAUGUGCCACUUACAGAGGAAAACAGAUCGAGUCCUUGAGCUUUAACAAACAGGAGGAAGACAUAACCUUUCAUGCCUGAGGCACAAAGCACUGGCUCCUGUUUUCUGUGAGACAUGCAGUGCUGCCCUGAAAAGUGUCAUCGUUUGGAAGCAAUACCCAAGGCCGGGUCCUGGAACAUGAACACCAAUCAAGCAUUCUGCCUGAAUUAACAACUCCACACCUUCUUCUGGGGGGUCUGUUUUGCUUUUUAAUGGUAAAAGUGCUUUGCAAACCCAGCUAAACUGCUCCUCAGGGAUGAAGUUAAACUUCCACAUUGCGCAGUGCCAUGCAGACACAGUAAAGUUCUGUUGCAAGUAUUGGCGUGAGGAGUAUUUGCUGAGAGCUCUUAAUCAUGCAGUUUUCCAUACAUUUUCUGCAUAACAAAAUUAUGUACCCAACCAGUAAGAUAAAAAUUUCAUCCCCACAGUUAAGUAAUUUUGAUCAAACAUGCUUAAAACAAUUUUGCAAAGUUCUUCUCACCAUUGGAAAUGUGUCACAGAGAACUGUGUUUGCAGGAUGUGUUUUCUUAAAAAGCUAUGAAUGCCUUAUUUUAAAAUGAUUAAUGCUCCAUGAGCUGUAAUCAUUUUCUUAAAGGCACUGAACUGUAACCCAUACUGGAAACAAGAAGUUAGUUCUUCUGAUCAACAAUAUAAAUGCUUAGAAAUUACAAAAUACUCUCUUUUCAGUAAAAUCCAUAGAGACCUUUCCAAACUUCCAAACAUUCUGUACUCUGUGAAAUGUUAACAAUUACUUAAAAGGAAGCAUUUUUUUCCCUGGAAGAACUGAAGGAGGACUUGAAGACACUUUUGACUUCCCGAAAGAAGCCAGAGCUGAGAAAAAUUUAAAGAUAAGGGUUUCUGUAAAGCUGAAUCUGUACAAAAAGUUAAGUCUUGCUAAACCUAACAUUUUCAAUGGAAAGACAAACCAAAAUAUUUUUAUUGUACUGCUACCACUAGUUCCUCUGGUACAAUCUUGAAUGUGGCCAAUGUCAUUGUUGUUUACUGUUUACUUCCUUUUAAGUUCACAAGCUACAUGAAAAAGUGAAAUGCACACACAGCACAAAACCUACUGCAUCUAUCAGUGCUUAUGUAUGGGAUUAAGGACAGUGCAAAUACUAGCAUUUAGCCUACUUCCAUUCUUGACUACACUAUUGCUAUAAAUGCAUAUGAACAAAAACAUAUUAUGGAAGAUUUUUAAGUCUAAUUUACUGUAAAAGCACCUUCAGUUAGUUUGUAUAAAUUUACCAUAUAUUGUAAUAACAAAAACAAUUUGAAAUUAUGAAGUUGUGUAUAAGCACCAGAUUAUUUAACAUUUACAGUGCAAGACUUAAAAUAGGUUUAUUUACAGAAAUCAGUAUCAACAAGAGAGACUAUUCUACUAAUUCUCAAUAACUGUGAGAUUCCUAACACAUUUAGAAUAUAACCUCCUAACUUCAAACAUGAAGGCACCUGGCUUUACCUCUGGAAAAGAAACCUGUUGCUCAGAGUUUGUAACAAAACCCCAAGUAUCUGAGGAUUAAGCAGCCCACUGACCCCACAACUGGACAGCCAGUUACCCCUGGAGCAGCAGUGCUGUCUUGCACCACAGGAUAUUGGAGUUUGGAUUCUUAAUGUAGACUCUUUGCUCUUCACACCAUAAUGGCAUGAGUGCAAAAGAAAAUGACCACAUUAAGUAAAGGUUGGAAGAACUGUGUUCUUAUCUGAAAUUACAAUCUGAGAGCAAGUAUGUUAGAAGCAGCCAGACCCGAAACCUGCCUUGUUUUUAAAAGGAACUGUUAUAUCUGUAACUGCCACAGGUAGGUGAAAGAAAAUCACUAAGUAUUGUUCUCAAAUCACCAAAUUGGUUCAGGAAGGCUGAAGCACAGCACAGAAGCCUGGAACAGUGAUUAGGCCCAAAAUUUCAUUAGAAACAAUUUAUGCAAGUUUGGUCUAAAGAAUUUACAUUGUGUUAAAAAAUAAUACUCUGAUUGUGCAAUAAAUAAAGGUAUUUGCCCCUCUCCUUCCCAGAACCACUGUUGCCAGACUUCAAACUAUGCAAGACAAGUUACUUUCAAAAGCUGGAUGUACAUCAAGGAGCUGAUGUCAGCAGCACUUCAGUCACUUAACUAACUGGGCAGGCCACUCUUCAGUCCAAGGUCAAAGUAUAGAAGGAUUCUGAGGAGACAUGCUAAAAGCCUCAUGCUAAAGCAGGGAGUUGAUGUAGUACUAGAAACUGCACACUAGUACCAGAUUCCUAGCACCACACAGCUGUAGGGUUUUUUGCUAAAUAUUUGUUUACUCUGCAAGCUGAUUCCAAGAACACUGACUGACCAUUCAUUAUCUGAAUAACCCCUAACAUGGCAGCAUUCUCAAACUGACAGUGUUUGUUUUUCAAGUAUCUCAACACCAGCUCAGGAGUCGGACAUGCAAACUAUUUAUUUCCCUGUGUCUAGCUCCUGUAAAGUAAAAACUCACAGAACUAAAAGCCUGUAUUUCACUUGCUAUUUCUUCACUGUUUUAUGGAAGAUAAUGUAAACAGUACUUCUAAACUUAGAAAUACAAUUAUAAAGGGAUGGUGAAAUAAGAACAUAAACAACAGUAAACAAAAUGUUCACGGUGCAAGGCAUGUUGGAGCCCAUCAAAUGGAUCACAUGCCACCACAUUUACAUAGUUUUAGGAUAAACCUUACUAAGAAAGCAGAAAACAAUGCUACUAUAGGAAACUGUACCCUUAUACAAAGAAAUAAGUUAUUGCAUAUUUAUCACAUUUAUUUGCAACUCACAUUAAGGCUAGGUUUACUAAAAUGAAUGACAUAUGUAUAAGCUUCACUUUGGGUUGCUUAAUGAAGCAACCAAUAUCUCUUACACUGAACCAACCUUUCACUAAGAAGAAAAAAAUUACACAGUAAACAGAGGGCAGCCAGCAUCUCCUAAUCAUAGAACAUGCUUCUACUUCCAUUAUUCUAAAGACUUCCUCUUGCCUGGGACAGGACUUCCCAAACAGAUGACAGAUGCUCCAUGUUCACUGUUUCAUCAACAUCCCCAUUAUUUCACAGAGCACUAUCUAUAACUAAUUUAUCUGAAAAGUCAAAUUAUUUAUAAAAAGAUUUCCACAGCCCGUUAUUUAAUUAUGCCUUAGGAGAGUCCUAUUAGCUCCACAGGCAGUAGCAGCCUCAGGAUAUGAUACAAACUUCUGCCUCACCAUGAGUAAAGGCACUUUUGCUGGGAAAUCAACUAAAAUCGCACAAAGAAGUAACUAAAGAUUAGUUUUCACCUGAAGCUGAAUAACGUAACCUCCUCCAGCAUUAUCCUCCCCUCUCAAUCACUCUUCUUUGUCAUUGUAUGGCCUUUGGAUACAUUUAAGGAAAAAAACAACAACAACAACAACAACAA